CGGAAGUGGAAGUUCAUCCUUUUCUGUCUUCCUCCGGCCUUGGCAGUUGCGCGACCUCUCGGACCACACGCUGCUCCCUCGUCCUGCCGCCGCCGCCAUGCCCCGAAAAAUCGAGGAAAUAAAAGACUUCCUGCUGACGGCUAGGCGAAAAGAUGCCAAAUCUGUCAAGAUCAAGAAAAACAAGGACAAUGUGAAGUUUAAGGUUCGCUGCAGCAGGUACCUGUACACACUGGUCAUCACAGACAAAGAGAAGGCAGAGAAACUUAAACAGUCCCUGCCUCCUGGUUUGGCUGUGAAGGAGCUGAAGUGAAGGAAUCAUUCAGUGUUCCACCUGUAUUAAAAUGUAGGGGGAAAAAAAGAA